AUGAAGCCAAUUAAUCACCACAGUACUAAAGUUCAGUCGUUGAAUGGUCUUCAGGCAUUUUUACGAGAAGCUGUUUUAGAUCUCGUAGGAACUUGCUCGGCAGCGAUGAAGCCACCUGUGAAGAUAACGCAUGUAAUACUAGAUGUGGACGGCACUUUACUGGAUACUGAAACAUGUUAUACAAUGGCAAACCAAGCGAUGCUGAAGAAAUACGGUCGUGAAUUCACACCAGACAUGCAAGCGCAGAUGAUGGGAAGAAGUGGUACGGAAGCUAAUGCAUGGCUUUUGAAAGAAGUUGGCAUUUCUGAUCAAAUUUCUCCUGAAGACUUCACCGCGCAAAAAGAUGCCAUGCUUGCUGAAAUGUUUCCUAAAUGCCAAGCCUUCCCCGGUGCUGAACGUCUUGUCCGACACUUUGCCAAAAAACAGAUUCCAAUGGCAAUAUGCUCAGGAUCUUGUUGGCGCAAGUUCAAGCUGAAGGCUACUAACCACCAUAGUUGGCUGGAUCUCGUUCCCAUAAAGGUGCUCUGUGGAGAUGAUAAAGCUGUCAAGCGUGGAAAACCUUUUCCAGAUGCCUUUCUCGAAACCAUGCGAAGAUUUCCAGUUCAACCCACAGAUCCUGAACAUGUGCUAGUGUUCGAAGAUUCUCCAAACGGAGGUAAAGCCGCUAAGGCCGCAGGAAUGCAGUGCGUAAUGGUCCCGGAGCCAAAGUUUCGCCAGCAGUGCCUCGACUUGAAUGUAACCAAAGUGCUGUCGAGUCUGAAGGAUUUUGUUCCGGAAGAAUUUGGUUUACCGCCUUUCGACUAG